AGCGAAAGCAUUCGUUGGCCUUCAAAUCUGCAACUGCGACCGAGCACUCCUCCAUUGCUGAAGGAUCUUCCACAUUUUCGUAUUCGAGAUCUUGUUUCUGUUGCCGUGUCUAAGAAGAGAUCACGAUGGCGAAAUCACCGGCCGAAGAGCACCCUAAGAAGGCUUUUGGAUGGGCUGCCAGAGAUACCUCCGGCGUUCUUUCUCCAUUUAAAUUCUCCCGAAGAGAAACAGGGGAAAAUGAUGUAGCUUUUAAAGUUCUUUACUGUGGGAUAUGCCAUUCUGAUCUUCACAUGUUGAAAAACGAGUGGGGCAAUACCAUUUACCCUAUUGUUCCUGGGCAUGAAAUCGCGGGUGAGGUAACAGAGGUUGGAAGCAAAGUAAAGAAUUUCAAGGUUGGAGACAGAGUGGGCGUAGGAUGUAUGGUCGGAUCCUGCCGCUCCUGUGAUAGCUGUUCCAACGACCUUGAGAACUAUUGCCCAAAAAUGAUUCUCACCUACUCCGCCAAGGACUCCGAUGGGACCAUAACCUACGGUGGCUACUCCGACUGUAUGGUCGCCGACGAGCACUUCAUUGUUCGCAUUCCUGACAGCAUCCCUCUGCACGCCGGGGCUCCGCUGCUUUGCGCUGGUAUCACGGUUUACAGCCCCUUGAGAUACUAUGGACUUGACAAGCCUGGAAUGCAAAUCGGCGUGGUUGGCCUUGGAGGGCUUGGCCAUGUAGCUGUCAAAUUUGCUAAGGCCCUUGGCGCUAAGGUCACUGUGAUCAGCACCUCGCCUAACAAGAAGCAGGAGGCUAUUGAACGUCUUGGGGCUGAUUCAUUCUUGGUCAGCCGUGAUCAAGAGCAGAUGCAGGCUGCUAAGGGGACGUUGGAUGGUAUCAUAGACACAGUCUCUGCCUCACAUCCCCUGCUUCCUCUGCUUUCUCUUGUGAAAACACAUGGAAAGUUUGUUCUGGUUGGUGCACCAGAGAAGCCUCUCGAGGUCCCAGCCUUCGCUCUUAUUGGGGGUAGGAAAACAUUGUCGGGUAGUUGCAUUGGAGGGAUGAAGGAAACGCAAGAGAUGAUUGAUUUUGCGGCCAAACACAACAUAACUGCGGAUGUUGAGGUGAUUCCGAUAGCCGACGUCAACACCGCCAUGGAGCGGAUGAUAAAACAGGAUGUCAAAUAUCGAUUCGUCAUCGACAUUGGCAACACAAUGAAGGCUAGCACUUAAAAUGACCUAUCUGAGAAUUGUCACCCUUCUAAUAUGGAUGUAUUGACAGAGCAUUAGUUGAUGUUCUUCGUCUAAUAAAUCAUGUUUUCGUAA